AUGGCGAGUUCUCUAUUGAAAAAUUUUUUGGUCUUUACUCUGUUUGGAUUCUUGAUUUUAAUUUUGCCAUCUGUCAAUGCUGAACCUGAAGUUCAAGAAGCAGAAGAAGAGGAAAGAUCUUGUCAAGGUGCUUUCGACUUGUACUUUGUCCUUGACAAGUCAGGAAGUGUCAAAAACCACUGGCAUGAGAUCUACUCUUUUGUCGAGCAUCUGGCUGAAAAAUUCAUCAGUCCUAUGUUAAGAAUGUCAUUCAUCGUGUUCUCAACCAGAGGAAACACAAUCAUGAAACUGACUGAAAAUAGGGGAAAUAUAAGAAAAGGUCUUAAUGUCUUGAGGCGAGAGAUACCUGGGGGAGAUACAUUUAUGCACCUUGGACUGGAAAAGGCCAAUGAACAGAUACAACAAGAAAACUUUGGGACAGCCAGUGUCAUCAUCGCAUUGACUGAUGGUGAACUCAAUGAACAUCAGCUCAUUGCUGCUCAAGAGAAGGCAGCACAAGCACGAUCACUUGGUGCCAUUGUGUAUUGUGUUGGUGUCAAAGAUUUCAAUGAGACACAGCUGGCUACCAUAGCAGACACCAUUGAACAUGUGUUUCCGGUGAUUGGAGGAUUCCAAGCCCUGAGAGGAAUGAUCGACUCGAUCAUCAAGAAGUCUUGCAUAGAGAUUUUAGCUGCUGAGCCAUCCAGUGUGUGUGCAGGAGAGUCAUUCCAAGUGGUGGUUCGGGGCAACGGCUUUUUACAUGCCAGAAACAUAGACCAGGUCUUAUGCAGUUUCAAGAUCAAUGACACAGUCACUUUCAAUGGAAAGCCUGUCAGUAUUGAAGACACAUAUCUGUUAUGUCCAGCGCCAGUCAUAGACGAGGUUGGAAAGGUGGUGUACCUGCAGGUGAGCAUGAAUGAAGGUUUGUCAUUCAUCACCAGCUCUGUGCACAUCACUACAACUGAGUGUUUUGAUGGCACCAUCCUCUUGAUUACUCUGCUGGUCCUCUUCCUGUUAUUGGCUUUGCUGUUCAUGUGGUGGUUCUGGCCUCUGUGCUGUACAGUAGUUAUUAAGGAGCCUCCUCCACCACCUCCGCCAGAGCCAGAGUCCGAUGAUGAGGAUGGUUUGCCAAAGAAGAAAUGGCCUACUGUUGAUGCAUCAUACUAUGGUGGCCGAGGGGUUGGAGGAAUCAAACGAAUGGAGGUUCGCUGGGGCGGGAAGGGAUCUACUGAAGAGGGGGCUAAAUUGGAGAAACCCAAAAAUGCUGUGGUAAAAAUGCCAGAGCAGGAGUUUGAACCCUUUGAACCCAAGCCCAAAAAACAAACGGGCAGAAAACCAGCCCAGGACAGGAAGUGGUACUCCCCGAUUCGGGGUAAGCUGGAUGCCAUCUGGGCCCUGUUUCGCCGUGGUUAUGACCAAGUUUCUCUCAUGAGACCUCAACCAGGAGAUCAUGGACGAUGCAUCAAUUUUACACGAGUGAAAGAAGAGGCAGCAAAAGCUCCACCACGCACUCACAGUCCCCCCCCACCACCUGACUACCCCUCUGUCGUCCAGCCGGCCGCCCCCCCAACUCAGAGCCCACCCCCACGAGGACCACCACCCCAGGCACAGCCUCCUCCAGGACCGCCCCCAGCCCGCACCCCUCCUGGCCCUCCCUGUCCACCCCCAGCACGCCCUCCUCCCAGCCUCAACAGCCGACCAUGA